UUGUCUCGCUUCGUUUCAGAUGUUGAACAGCACGUGCCAAUUUCUUCGUUGGAACAAUAACAUUCUUACGCGUGGUUUUGGAUCAGUUUUAAAUAAAAAUUUGGAGAAAACCUUGAAUCAAAUUACGCUGCUUGGAAGGGUCGGCCAGGAGCCUCAAAAGCGUGGCAGCGAGGAUCAUCCGGUAAUUGUAUUUUCCGUCGCGACACACGUUAAUUAUAAGCAAAAUGAAGAUGAUUUUAUACAAAAAACCGACUGGCACAGAAUAUGCAUAUUCAAGCCAACACUGAGGGAAACUGUUUAUAAUUAUUUGAAGAAAGGUCAACGAGUGUUAAUUCACGGCAGAAUAAGUUAUGGAGAAAUAAAGAACGACAACGGUGAUUCGAAAGUAUCGACAUCCAUUAUAGCCGACGAUGUUAUAUUUUUCCAUGCAGUAUAAAUAUGUAAAAAUAUUUUUAAGAAUUUCACGAUAACAUACCG